AUGGGCUCCCUUACAACAUUGGAGUCGCGUCCACGAAUGGCGCUGCCGGACACCCCACCAGAGCUUGCGAGCCCUACAGCUACUUCAUUCUCUUCAAGAUCGUCCCCCUCAGCAGAUCACGGCUGGGCUGCCCAAACACUAGCGGCCUUGCCAAUGUCAAACUAUGACAAGACGACUAGCCGCGACGAUGGCGACGAUAGCCGGGAAAGCACACCACCAAACACGUCCAACAACUCGCAGCGCCAGCAACUACCUUCUCUUAGCAGUCUCUUCGGACCGCCGUCAUCUAUGCGGCCUCUGGCAUCGCUUCCCAGUCGUCCUGCUCAUUAUCCAAUGCACUCACCUCUUGAUCGCCCUCACACGUUAGUUGCCGGAAGUCAAAACUCGUCCACCUACUUCCCUUCGCUGGCAGCACAACCCAGAGUCGCUUAUGACGCCUCUUCGCAUGGCAUUGGCAGAUCCUUUUCUGGCUCGAGAUCCCCGGCUUUCGGAGAGUCGAAGAGCCAGACCGAAGGAGAUUCGCUAUGGUCCCAACAGGAUGCCGGUCGACAGGAGUACAUGCUGGGCACGCAAAGCACGACUCGCAGGCACCUCCCGGACUCGAGAGAUGUGACGAUGGAAUACAAAAAAGAGCCCACGAGCUCAGAUUCCCAUACAGCAACUGCUUCGGAAAGCCCUGCUGCCAAGGACAGCCUCGGACCAAAGAUUUGGACGGGCACACAUUUUCUGCCACGCUUCGUGCGAGCUGCUGAAGUUCCCGGCGAGGGAAUGUGUUACUUCUACGACGAUGGAACCCAUUGCAAGACGAUAAUCGACGGCGAGCACGUUAAUGCACAUUGGGGUGUCACGAAAGCGGGCAAGCCUAGAAAGAGGCUUGCCAUUGCCUGUGUGACCUGCCGAGAGAAGAAAAUCAAAUGCGACCCCGACUACCCUCGAUGUGUCCAAUGCGACAAGUUUGGUAGAGUCUGCAAAUUCAAAAACGCACCUAGAGGUGGACAUCCUUCCUCGCCAUCUGCACAGUCUGCGGAGCUUUACAGCGGGAAGACUAUGUCUUCUCCGCAUGGCUCUCGAGAGUCGAGGUCCCCGGUGGCCCAACCUCCUCCGCAGCAGAGCUUUGACGACGGUUACCAUAAGCGUCUCAAGGUUGGGACAGACUCUUAUUCGAAAACCAGCUCGCUUGCUGCCUCUGACGCGUUGGAUCAUUCAAAGUCCCCUCGCCCAUCAUAUCGACGCCCAUCAGACAUUUCUCGCAUCCCGGACGAGGCUUUGUGCCGUGCGUGGCGCACCGAUGUAUACACAAAGAAGCCGCAGGGUAUCAUUGAUGUUGUGACACAGUUCUUCGUCCACGUCGACUCUACUAUGCUCCUGAGGUUCUUGCCCGAGAACAUCUGGAAAGCACACCUUUCAAAGUCGGACGAUCGAAAGCUGCCAGAAGACUUAAUGCUCCUCUACAGUGUUCUUACUAUUGGGGUCGCGCUUUCCGGAGGAGCUAAGCAUAUUGCUUCUGAAUACGCCCAAGUCGCGCAUUAUGCCCAGAAGAAUCUCGGAUUCGACUGUCUGCAGCUCGUUCAGAGCCGCAUCCUCGUGGCUGCGUAUUAUAUCUCUGUUGACCGCAUUCAUGAUGCCAGUGAGCUGCUGUCGUCUGCCUUGGCGGUUGCCGCCAGUUUGCAGCUAAAUGUGGAACUCGAAAAGUCUACUGAGGCGAACAGGACUACUUAUCCCCUUGGCAUGACCAGAGCCGGAUAUAAAGAAAGUCGGCGCCGUACGCUAUGGUCGCUCUUCAUGCUCGAGAGAUUCAACGGCAUGUUUCCUAACAGAUCUGCCGUGAUCAAUCCGGAAGACCUCUACAUCCGCCUCCCGACCGACAAUGAGAGCUUUGAAAAGCAGAUCGAGCGAGACGAGCCAUUCUUUGACCCAUACAGUCUCAUGGCAUCUGUCAGAGGUGGUUCACGCAAUGUCCUGGCCAAUCUUGUGGAGAUGGCACACCUCUGGGCUGAUUGCCAAAAUGCACUUUAUCGCAUUGCCUGUCGCCCAGCGGCUGCCUCGUCCGAGUCGACCAGAAUACAAACUCUUGCAAAGAAGAUCAGAACUUGGUUUUCCUCUCUUCCAAAUCACCUCUCUUUUUCUAUGGACAACCUCAAAGACUCCCUCUACGCUGGUACUGGUGGCUCGUUCCUUUCUUUGCACCUUUUGUAUCAUCACGCGAUGAUCAAAGUCAACCGUCACCAUUCCGCAGCCAGCCAGCUUGGCCCGGAGCUGCAGGGCAGCUAUGGACACAACUGCGUCGGCCAUGCCACUGGAAGUCUGGACCUAAUGCAAAUGUUUGAGGGCAUGCACCACACACAGUCGUCCCUGGCUAUGCUACCCCGCGUCACAGCUAUGGCUGCUGUUGAGGCUGUCGAUGCCCUGACGGCUAACGGCACUAUGUCCAGCCUCUCAAAUCAGAUCAGCAGGACCAAAGACGCUCUCGCGACUGCCGAACGUCUUUCCAAUAUAUGGGAAGACACGAUAGGCUCUAGGCUGGCUAUCCAAAAGCGAUUGGAUGAGCUGCUCUACAUCCGCGAGCAAGGACCCAGACCUACAAGCCCCAUUCGCGGCUACCGCGUUCUGAAGACGAGCAGUGGUAGUCGCUGGCAAAUCUGUGAGCCAAUAGAUGCUCUUCUGCCAAAAGAAAUGGAUAUUAUAUACACGACUCCUCUAUAG